AUCAAAUCAAUUUCUCGUAGCAGGAAUCGAGAGACCAAACUAUGAUUCUUUAGCAGCUAAUCCAGCGUAUAAUAAUUAAUCAGUUAACCCCUGAUCAUUGAUUCCAAAUUCCACUUAACAUAUCCGAAAAUAAAACUCAAAAACACAUUACAGAAUAAACAAUCUUCUUCGAUUUCUCUCUCAAGUUCGAAAAAGGAAAAAGAAAAAAAAAUGCAGGGUUGGUUUUCGGGACAAAGCAGUAGCAGCGGCGACGAUCAGAUGCAAACGUCGUCGUCUUUGUUGGCCGAUUGGAACUCAUACGCCGCCUCUCAGGAAUCCUCCACUUUGAUGCCCUUUGAUAUUGAAUCCGCCGUUAGGUCCGCCAACGAAACCGUUUCAGGAACCUUUAGCGUGGUUUCUAAAGGCGUGAGAGAUUUACCAGGAAACUUCCAGUCUGCCACUAGUAAUGUUCCUUCCGGCAAAUCGCUCGUGUACUUUGGUUUGUUUCUGGCAAGUGGGAUAUUCUUCAUUUUCAUAGCAUUUACAUUGUUCCUGCCCGUAAUGGUGGUUAUGCCCCAGAAGUUUGCUAUUUGCUUUACACUUGGAUGUGGAUUUAUUAUUGGAUCAUUCUUUGCUCUCAAGGGUCCAAAGAAUCAGCUUGCUCACAUGUUGUCAAAGGAGAGGCUUCCUUUCACAUUGGCUUUUAUAGGCAGUAUGAUUGGUACCAUAUAUGUAUCAAUGGUGCGCCAUAGCUAUGUUCUUUCUGUGAUGUUCUCCGUUAUACAGGAGCAGGAGGAAGAGGUCCUUGGAGAAGUUCUUCAAACUCAUCAUCAUCAAGAUAAGGAAUUGCCAAAGGAUCCUUAGAGGCACCAACAACUCUAUUACCACUUGCUCCAUCAUUUAAAUCAGGAUCUGAGAUUAGAGCAUCUAAAUCUUCUUCUUCUCCAUCUUCGUCAGCAACAAUCCACUCUUCAUCAGAGUCCAACUCAUCAAGACUAUAGUCAUAAUCAAGACUUCUUCUAGUUUGUUUUUUCUUUGCUAAUCUUGAAUUUGUCAUCACAAACACAACAUCAUUCAUGGUUUUAGCUUUCAAACGGUUUCUCCUUUUUGUGUGAACCUUUCAAAAGUAGAUAAAAAAUAUUAGACAUUAAUCAAACAAUAAGAUAGAAUUGAAGAAUUAACAACCAAAUUUAUAAAAGUAAAAUGUAAUUUAUAUUUAAUUACUAACCAUCUCAAAAGCACUCCAAUUACGUUCACAUCCAGAUGAACUACAUGUCAAAUUCAAGACACGAAUUACAAAUUGUUGGAGCUCUGGAUGCUGAUCUCCAUAAGAAUCCCACCAUUGAGCUGGAGUUUUAGUAUAAAUUGCAUUUUUAGCUACUUUACUACCAAAAAACUCUUUUCGAGUUUUAAAAUCUUUAAGUUGAACAUCCAUCUUAGUGAUUAAAUCUGGAUUUCCUGUCAUCCUUUCCAUACAAGCAUAAAACUGCUUCUUAAGCUCAUAAGCAAUUUUAAAACCAAAGCUAUAAUGAAUCUGAGGAUUCAAAUAAUAGCCUGCAGCAUGCAAUGGCCUAUGAAGUUGGUUGCCCCAUCUUGCAUCAAUAAUAUCCCAAAUAGGUAUAUAACUAAAACAUAAAAAAGUUAAUAAAUUAGUUACAAAAUAAACAAUAUUUUCAGAAUUUAAAUUUUUUAACUCUCUCUGGCUUUUACUUUUCUACCUCUGCCGUUAUUACAUUUUACAAUUACACUUUACACGUAUCAUUCAACAUUAUGUACAACUCUUAUGCAUUAAUUAAAAAAUAAAAUAAUUAGACAUUUUACCUUGUCUCAACUCCUUAAAAUGCAUCUCGUAUUUUUUCCUUUGCACUUGUCAUUUCUUCAUAAAUAAAUCCCAUUGCCGGCUUUUCUUCUGAAUCCACCAUACGAAGCACAUGAAGAAGAGGGUAGGCAGCCCUCAAGCAAAUUACGACUUCCUUCCAAAACACCUUAUCUAACACCACACUUGCAAUUAUCUUUCCAUAUUUUGUCUUUGCAAAAUUACUAGAAGUCCAUUGAUUAGAAAGAAAUAUUUUUAUUAAGGAACCUUUGUUGUCAUUGAGACAUCCCAAAGUAAAGUAAGAAGUUGCAAAACAGGUCAUACCCGGCCUCACCAAAUCUUUCCCCUUAGUGUGGAUGUGUAGUAGUGCAAUAAGAGCAGUUCUAGCAUAUAUGUAAGUAGUAAUCUUUCUACCUUUAUAAAUUGUAUCCUUGUGAAGUGUUACUUUUUUUUCCAAGUCUUCUAACAUUAAAUUAAUGCAAUGUGUUGCACAAGGCGUCCAAAACAACUUUUUUCUCUUUUUCAUUAGCAUUUCUCCUGCAGCUUUGUAGUUAGCCGCAUUAUCGGUGACAACUUAGAUGACAUUUUCUUCACCAACCUCUUCAACCACAUCAUCUAUCAUUUUAAAGAUUUUAUCAGCUGUCUUAGUAAUGUGAGAGGCAUCAAUGGAUUUCAAAAAAACAGUCCCUUUAGGACUAUUAACCAAAAAAUUUAGGAUGGUCCGUCUUCUCUUAUCUGUCCAACCAUCAGUCAUUAUUGUGCAGAUUGUUGAACAAGCUCCACGUGUUUCUUCAAAAGAGGCACCCUUAAUUCAUGGUAGGAUGGUGGCUUGAAUCCUUGUCCGUAUCUUAUAGCUUUUUCAAACAUUCUACUGUAUUUCUCGCUCCUUGAAACAUUAAAGGGGAUGCCAUUGUUGUAGAAAAAAGUACUAAUCUCUAAACAUACUUUCUCUCUCAAAUUCUUCUUAAAUAUAUUGUUGAUUAUUGUUUGAGUACUAAUGCGUGUUUUCUUGAAUAUGUUGCCAUCUAGUUCUUUUUCCUUUCUUUUUUCACCGGUAGUGUCAACUUCUUUAGUAGCUUCUCCUGGGCUUGCCCCACCCAUGUUUGUUUUCUUCAUCAAAUUUACUUGUAACCCACUCACAACAUCCCACAUUUGCUUCUUAACUUCAUCACUAACAGUUGUACAAGCCCCAACAUCUUUUUGAGUUCCUGCUAAGUGGUGUUUCAAUCUAUAAACUCCUCCUGAAAAAAUUUUAUGACAGUAUUUACAUUGUAUCUUCUUUCCAUCUUCUCCAACAGAUAUCCCGUGCUCCCAUCCUACAUCAGUUCUACUUCCAAGAGCAUUCUUAGCAACUUUUUUUUACAAGUGAUUCCAGCUGUACUUCCUGACUGAGAAGCUGGAAUGUUAGUCAGAUUUUCACUUGCAUUAGCUUGAGUCGAUGCCAUUCCUGUUUAGAAAAAAAUAAAAACAGUAAAUAUUUAAUGAAUCAAUUCAAUAUCAUAGCAAAAAUUUAACAAUUUAACAAAAAUUACAAAAUUGUGUUCAAUUUCAAGUACAACCAUCCAAGUUCAACAACAAAAAUUUAACAAUCCAAUUUGAACAAAAAAUACCAGCAUAACAAAAAUUCAAGAAUUAUAUUCAAUGUCACAACAACAAUUCAGAGAAAUAGAUAGUUAUAAAAUUAUUGGGAUAUAGGUGACAAAGAAGUUUCAAUCAGGUAGCUCAGAUGAAGGAUCAACCAGUAAAAAUGAUAGCAAUGAACAAACUGCUAAAACAAACGGUGAUUCAUUGUCUUCACUAACUGAAUAUUUCACUUUUUCAUACAAUGUCCUCAUUUGGAUACACUGGAACAGACAAAAGCAGACACUUAUUAUUAGUAUCUGACUGUAUAAUGCAAGAAGCUUUGAAUGCCAUGAUGAUGAAAUCGAAAUAGUUGAAUCUCCCAAAGUAAUAUAUAUUAAAUUGAUGAUACUAAUUUACACAUUUUGACUUGAUCAUUUUGCUAGUUGACAAAAUAACUUGGCCAAGAAAAUAAACGGUAGAAUCUAUUCAACUAGAAUGAUGUGUAUAAUCCAAUUGCAAUAACUAAAAAUGAGGAUAUGUUAAUAGAAAUGAGUUGUUGCAAGUUGCAACAUGCAUUGAUCAAAAUAUUGGUAAAGUCCUGUUUUCAUUAUUAGUCCUGUUUUCAUUAACAUGAAUUAACAUGAUGUCUUAUUAUUAGUCCUAUUUUCAUUGAUCAAAAUCAAAGCUAAAGUCAAAAGCUUGUUGUCAAGUAAUUUGAAUUGUUCAACAGUGCAACUUCAAUAUAUAUAGCAUCUUUAUAUACAGUGCUUCACCUUUUUCAUUGAUCAAAAUCAAAGCUAAAGUCAAAAGCUUCUUAUCAAGUAAUUUGAAUUGUUCAAUAGUGCAACUUCAACAUAUAUAGCAUCUUCAUAUACAAUGCCUCACCUUUAUCAUUCAACAAGUAAUAUGUGAAUUAUUGGUAAUUAACAAUAACAAAGGUUUUACUAUACUAGCUAAGUCCCACUUCACAUGAUGCCAUGUUACUUGUUUAAUUUAAUUUCUGAAUCUAAGGAUUAAUUUAAUUUAAUUUUAAAAAAGUGGAUUCUAGUUCUAGGUUAUUGAAUUGGAAGUAAAGGACAUUGUAUUUAGAGACAUUUCCAAUAAAGCCUGUUGCUAGUACUAAUGAUGGAAUAGAAGUUCUUGGAGAGUUGAGAGAAUCGAGUAAUUCACCAGAGAACAAUAUAGAAGUGUUGGAAUUGGAAGGACACCAGGAGGGGUCUGAAUUAAAUGGUAUAGAGACCCCAAAGACUACUAGUUUAGUGGAUGAAAAAUUUGAGGAUGGUGUUAAAAAUCAUUUAUUAAACAACACUGCUCAAGAUGAAGUGAAAAGUUUAGGAGGGACAUUGGUGGAAAGCACAGAGCAGUCAACCCACCAAGAAACAUUUAGUUGUGAAUCAGAUGUCAAUCAGAGUUAACAUUAUAUAUAAACAAUUUCAUUAAUUUUUAUCUUAGAAAUUAGGAGGAUUAAACUGUGUCAAAUAUUUAUAAUUUUUAAAUGAAACAUUAAUUAAUAAGAAAGAGCUAAAAGCAAAACCAUGAUAUAAGAAUGGAUAAAAGCAAAUCACUUUUUGUUUCACGUUUCGAUCGCCAUUAUUAAUCCAUGUUUUCCAUUACAUUAUUGUUUUAAUACAUCAAAAGAUGGUGAUAGUAAAAUAGCCUAUUGAUUUGCAUUGAACCUCAAGUUCAAGUAUCGCACCAUAAUACUACCUCUGAAGCCAUUAACCAAAACCAGCUGGUGGAUGGAGCUAAGGUAAGUUUAUUCAUUGAUAUUUUGUACAUUAAGUUUGACAGGACAUAUUUGUGGAAAAGAGUCGAGGUGCAAUAUCCUCUCUCAAAAUUUGGCAUAUACUCGUAACAUACAAGUUAUUUUCAGGUCUGAGAUCACGGUUUUUCAGGUCUCAAAACUUACUAUAAUUCGUAUAAAAUCAUAAUCUAAAUUGAACAAUAUAAUUAAUCUGCAAUAUAAUCAGUAAACCAAUAAAGAUAGACAAUAGCAAUUCAACCUACAAUAUAAUCCAUAAUAAACAAGUACAACAACAGAUUGAACUGACUUUGAAGAGGAUCAAAAUUAAAA